AUGGGAAAAGCAAAAAAACUGAAGCCCUCACAAGUAGGUCAAAAUAUAGCCCUUGCUGAUCAAAUAGAAGCGACUAAUUCAGUUAAAUUGAAAAACAGAAUCAAAGAAAAAAAUAGACACGAUGAGGACGAAGAAUUCGUCAACGCAGACUUAUCCAAAAAAAUCUUGAAAGCCGCUCGGCGGCAACAGGCUGAGUUUGGAACUGGCAUUGCUUCAUCUUCUACUAAAAACACAAUUCCUCUAACUAUAAAUGAUUCCAAUUCUGAUAACGAUGAGCAAUCAGAUCAAGAUGAACUUGAACCAGAUACAUAUUAUGAUAAUAUUGAAAUUAAUGAAGAAGAUGAAGAGGCAAUUAAAAUGUUUAUGUCAGCUAACCCAGAAAGGACUAGGACAUUAGCGGAUAUUAUCAAGGACAAAAUAACUGACAAACACACUGAACUUCAAACACAAUUUUCAGAUGUAGAAACCCUCAAAUUACAAAACAUUGAUCCUAGGAUAAAAACAAUGUAUCAAGGAGUUAGAGAUGUUUUACAGAAAUAUAGAUCAGGAAAACUGCCAAAAGCAUUCAAAAUGAUCCCUCACUUGCAAAAUUGGGAGCAGAUUCUAUAUCUUACUGAACCAACAACAUGGUCUGCAGCUGCUAUGUAUCAGGCUACAAGAAUAUUUGCAUCAAAUCUUAAGGAAAAAAUGGCUCAAAGGUUUUACAAUUUAGUAUUGUUGCCUAGAGUGAGAGAUGAUUUGGCUGAGUAUAAGAGAUUAAAUUUCCAUUUAUAUCAGGCUCUUAGGAAAGCUCUCUUCAAGCCUGGAGCAUUUAUGAAGGGCAUUCUGUUACCCUUGUUGGAAGCUGGUGAUUGUACUUUGCGAGAAGCAAUUAUAGUAGGCUCAGUAUUGGCACGAAAUUCUGUUCCUGUAUUACAUUCAAGUGCAGCUAUGUUAAAAAUAGCUGAAAUGGACUACACUGGUGCAAGUUCAAUAUUCCUAAGGAUUCUAUUUGAUAAGAAGUAUGCUUUACCAUAUCGAGUGGUUGAUUCUGUAGUAUUCCACUUCUUAAGAUUUAACAAUGAUCAUAGAACAUUGCCUGUGUUGUGGCAUCAAGCAUUACUUACAUUUGUUCAAAGAUACAAGGCAGAUAUAUCAACAGAGCAGCGUGAUGCUCUUCUAGAACUGUUGCGGAAACAAUCACACCCUACUAUUACACCUGAGAUAAGAAGAGAACUGCAUGCUGCCAAAUGCAGGGAUAUUGAAGUUAAUGAAGCUGUACCAAGUUGUAUGGUGGUUGAAUAAAAAUUAUUUUAAGCAAAUACUAAAUAUAUGUUGUUGUACACUU